AUGUCUCUACCAAAAUACACCACCCCCUCCCCCCUCUCCUCCUCCCCAUCCAAACAAUCCAUCCGCCGCAUCUCAGCCAACCACCCCCCAACCUCCCGACCCCAAAGCAUUAUCGACCGACCGCCAACCGCGCAACAACAACAACAGCACCUCGAAAACACCCCCAACCCACCACCACCAGCAGCCACGAUCCCACCUGCAUCCCUUCCCAACCAACCCACAAUCCCACCAACAUCCUCCUUCCAACCCUUCUUCACCCUUAUCGAAGACGCCAACACCGGCGAAUACUACCACCCAACCGUCCACUACAUCUUCGCCGACGACGACACCGAUAUCGUCACCGAAGCCACCCUCCGCGCGCUGGAGAGUGAAUCCGAUCCGAGCCUCGUCUACAAUCCCAAAACCCGGAAGGACAAUCACAACAACAACAACAAGAGCAGACCGCGUCGACCGCAGCAGCAACAACAACAAGAAGGCCCAGGGCCGGAAAGCACCUACGAAGAUGAGGAGAAACCCUCCCUGCUACCGGAUUCCAUUCCGGGGGUGCGCGAGCACUACGUGAUUCUCGACGUGGACUAUGCGGGUGGUCUGCUGCCGGCAGCAGCGGAGAUGAAAGAGCAAUCCGGGAAUACUACUGGCGGUCAAGUGCUGGCGACGUCGCCGCCGCCGCCGCAGCAGCAGCAGGCACAUCACAGCGCUCCAGACGGUGGGGACGAUAAGUCGAUGGUGGUGACAUCCGCGCAUAGUCUGUCGCCGGCGUGGCAGGUGCUCCAUACGCAGCUGGGCCCGGCACCGACGUUCGAGAACAAUACGAACAACACGCCGUCGCAGGGGCAGGGGCAGUCGGUCAACGGGGGCCUGAUGUUGAAGAUCCGGGGCACCGCGGGGUUGCCGAUCAAUAAUCUGCUGGGCAAGGAUCAUCGGGAUAAGGAGCGCGGCUGUCAGCGGUUGGAGGAGAUGAUGGAUCAGUUCGCGAAGCGGUUGACGGAGCUUCGGUUGGUUAUUGAGGCUGGCGGGCAAGGGGAGCUCAUCGAGGAUGUGAAAGCGGAGUCGACGCUUCCUGGGGAAGAAGGGAAGAUGGAUGAACAUGGGGUGGAUCAAGGACAGCAAGAUAAUGGACAGGGUUUGGGUGAAGACACUACGGCUGGAAAAGAGGUGGGACUAUAGGGCUGGCCGAAGGAACAUCCUGACACUACCUUUUGAGCUGGAAACAUAUCAGCUCGGCGAGAUGCAUUGUAGCGUAUGGCGUCACUGUCUAGCUGUAGGCUUUAACCCAUCUACUCGUGUUGUACACUGCAUUUGGAACGAUGCUUGCAGCUUCAGAAAGUCCAUGACUGUAGAAUUCUAUCACGUCAAAGC